CUUUAAUUUUGUCAUUGACGCCCCUCUGGCUUGCAGGUACAUGACUUGGUUUGUUUAUCAUUGAACAGACAGUCUUUCGAAAGAAUGGAGAUCCAAAUCUUGCAUGCCCGGUCAGGAAAAACCCUCACCAAUCUACCAGUAUCAAAGUCAUCCACUAUUUUGGACAUCAAAAAGCAGUAUUACAAAUCAAAUGCUAAAUACUACCCUGAUAGACAAGCAUACCGUACAGAUCCAAAGGGGAAAAGCUUGAAGGAUGAAGAAACAAUCGGGAACUUGAACCUGAAGAAUGGAGAUGCCCUUUACUUCAAGGACCUCGGACCACAAGUUGGAUGGGCCACUGUAUUCCUCACAGAGUAUGCAGGCCCUCUAGUGAUAUAUCUGAUGUUUUAUGCACGACCUGCCUUAAUCUAUGGGGAGUUGGCCGGAUCACCCAGAGCUAACGUUGUCAAUAUAGCAGCCGGGUGUUGGUCAUUCCACUAUGGGAAGAGACUCCUGGAGACAGUGUUCGUUCACAGGUUUUCCCAUGCCACCAUGCCUAUCAUGAAUAUCUUUAGGAACUCGGCAUACUAUUGGGGAUUUGCAGCACUAGUUGCCUACUUUGUGAACCACCCCCUCUACACCACCCCCUCCUAUGGUGACUUGCAGGUGUAUGGUGGGCUGGCUCUCUUUGUGCUAGCAGAGCUGGGUAAUUUCUCCAUCCAUCUGCAUUUCAGCAGGAUGAGACCUAAAGGCAGCAAGGUGAGGAAGAUCCCCUACCCCUGUGGAAACCCAUUCACCGCCCUGUUCAACUUUGUAUCCUGUCCAAACUACACAUACGAGGCCCUGGCUUGGAUUGGAUUCUCUGUCAUGACUCAAUGCUUACCAGCUGCGAUGUUCACCAUAUGUGGAUUCUAUCAGAUGACUGUUUGGGCUAUUGGCAAACACAAGAACUACAAAAAGGAGUUCCCAAACUACCCAAGGGGCAGGAAGAGCAUUAUUCCAUUUCUUAUUUAAAAUGUCUUUGGAAGACAGAUGUUGUUUCAAAUCCAAAUUGAGGGUACAUGUUCUUUAAAUUUUGUUAUUGUUUUACUUCUGAUUAUAGCGAGUGCACACCUGUUUUCAUGUUUGAAGUGUCAAUACAAUCAAGUUGAAAUCCUUCUGCAUGUACUUAAUUUUAAGAUUCUGGCCCCAAUUUCUCAAAAAGUCCAUAAUAACAGGAUUAACCUAAUCCCACUAUUUUUGUUUCCCUAUAAUUUGUGUAAAAAUUAGAGAUUUUAGACUAUAAACAGGAAUUAUGUUUAUUUUGUAUGUUUUUUUUUUGUUAAGUGAAAUAAGCUACUUAAACAUGUAAAGCUUAAGAAGUUUCGAGAAAUUGGAGCCUGUGUUGUUAACUUUUAUACAAAUAAUAAUACCCAUAUAAAUCUAUGGUUUAAGAAAGGAACUUCAGCGAACACAAAAGGUUAUUUUUUAACCAUGACUUAUUCUGUUUUAGCAUAACUGUAUUCUAGAAUUCAUUAUUAAAUUCUUUUAAAGUCAAGUGUAAUUGCAGUCUUUGUGUGUAAUUCUGUCUUUGAAAUAUGAAUAUGUUUUCAUACUUUUUUACCAUUUAAGUAUUGAUUGUUAGAUCACUUUUAAUAUAUUGUCUCUGAAAAUAAAUUGCUCAAAUGAGA